AUUUUUCUGCACGUUUUUUUUGAAGUGUUAUCGGCACGGUGACAGACAAUCAGACACAUGUCAAGGAGAGGAGAGCAUGGGAACGUUUUAUGUUUAUUGUAUUAAUAAAACUUUGUAACCUGCUCUUUUGUCUGGAAAUUACCUCUUCUCGGUGCAACAUUUUGGCGUUGUCGGCAGGAUCUUCGAAGGGAAGUGACUAGUUUUUUUCUGAACCUUUUGGAUUAUUAUUAUUUUUUAUUUUAAUAUUUUUGAGGACAGCAGGGGCAGUGUCUCUUCAGGAGUCAUGGAGUCUGAGGAGCAGGACAUGUCUCGGCGGAUACAGGACCUGGAAAAUGAACUGGCAACACUGAGAGCAGCAGCCACAAACCCUGGCACAUCAUCCUCAUCGGGAGCUUCAAGUGGGAGCAUCGAGACUGUAAGGCAACCUCCAGUGAUCUAUGUGCAGCAGGACAGAAAGCUGCCAUUCUUUUCUGGAAAACUGAACAAUACAGACUCACUGACUUUGGAUGAAUGGAUUGCACAAAUGACCACCGCUGUGCAAACCAGGGGAAGAUCUGAAGUGGAACGAGCUCAGAU